AUGAGGUCAAAAGACGGCACUAAAGGCCCAAACACAAACCCAGGACACGCGUUGAUUGUUUCUCUGCACACGUAUUUGAGGCGUUUUUACUGGGUGUCCAUUAGACGCUGGAAGCGGCUGAAUGUCGAACUUCCUCUUCUUUGUCUUCAGAAGCGUCUGCUGGGCGGAACCCGUGAGCUCACAUCUCACCAACACACCUUCUUCAACGUCUUCCUCAUUUCUGAGAAAGUUGAAAAGAAGAACCUCCCUGAGGGAACGCUCUUCUUUAUAAACGCUGCUUCCUCCCGACGGUCUUCACUGCAGCAACACGUGAAGGAGAAGAAGAAGAAGAAGAAGAAGAAGAAGAAGAACUCACCUUUCUACCAGACAGGAACAAUCCAACAGCAAAGAUUAGUGAUGGCGAAGCUGUGGCUGAUGGCCGUGCUGCUGCUGUUGUCUGCGUCUGUUGGGAGUUCUGUGGACAAUCAAGUGAACCGUCCCGAUAAGAGCAGUCAGCCUCAUUUUCCAAGACCAGACGAGACCCAAAUUGCAGAAAUCGUCAAUGUCCUCUGGAAAAGGUAUCGACCGUCCUACCAAUCAAGAUUCCUAAAUGAAUGGAACGAAUAUCCAUGGAGAUACCCCAUGUUCAGUCUGGCUGUGAGGAUCCCGUACGACAACAAGAUGCAACGGUACGACGUCAGCAGAGUCAAGGACAAAGCCGAGAAUGUGUGGAGAACGAUCAUAGGAUGUGACGUCUACGCGAGCAAGACGAUGGUCGCUGCCACGGUUUUGAAGUGGCCGAAUGUUCUGGAUCAGUGUCCUUAUGCACGGGUACCACGGGAGGAUGUUCCCAAUCAAUGUGGAAGUAAAAGGAUGACGUGGGCCAAGCUCAAGAAAGAAUGCCCUGAGGCAGUUAGAGUUAGGAGAGCCGAUCACGCAGAGUACCGCGUUCUGAACAACUUCAACACCUUGAAGCAGAAUCGCAACAGAAAUGAUUUCUUGCUUUUCUACGUUCUUGCUUCCCCGUGUGAUCAGAAAUGUGCUUCCGAGACGAGUCGUUUUAGUAUUUUGGAAAAAAUCCAUGUGAUUACGGAAUGGAGAAACCGCGCUGUUGUGUUUUCUAAAGUGUUUAAGCCUAAAGGAGGAGAAGAGGUUCCCGUGGGGAACCUCACAGGAGCCCUUAAGCGGCUCGGGGAAAAGGUCGGGCUGCAGAACAUCCUCCGAUGUGACGGCUCGGUUCCGUGCACGAGUUGCUCCAGCGGCGAAGAUGUCACACGCUACUGUUACGACAUCAACGAACCAAAACCCGCUGCCAGAGACAACCCGCCGUCCACUUCAGUCAAUGUGCCUCCGGGUGGCAACGCAAACGCUCCCUCAAAGACGGGUCAAAAGAAGAAGAACAACAACAACAAUGAGAAUCCGGGCGGUUCUACUAACGUUUAUAAGGGAGGAUGGCAGAUUGCUGUCCAGGGCCGUGGCUGAUGACACCUGAUGAAGGUUCCCUCCUCACAAAGGUUCCUCCAGCUGCGUCAUGGAGGCCUCUAGUAACCAGUGCAAGCGCACAACUUUAAUGCUUUGUGAGACACACAGGGGGUUUUAAUGUGGUUUCACACUACAGAUAGAAAGUGAGUGUGAUGUAAACGAAGCUCAGUGUUUACUCGUGUCCCUCCCUCCCUGAAGUGUUGUUGAAUCCUCUGGUCUUCUGCUCUUUCUGAUUAAAGCUCGGCUCAGCAUCA